UGAAAUAUAGCCCUGCCUCAAGCCAGCGCCAAGCCGCCAACCGACGCGCCGCGCCAUGGCCUCGUCCUCCCUCUUCGCCGCGGCGCGCCGCCUGCUCCGCCUCGGCCGUGGCCGCAGCGGGCUCCUCCACUCUCGCGCCGCCGCCUCUUCGACUCUCAGUAACAGCGCGGAGAAGCGACCGCCGCCGGCGCGGCCGCCGAGUCUGCAGUCCACGCUGUGGCCGCUGGGCCACCCGGGCACGCUCCUGGUGCCCGAGAUCGAGAGGUGGGCGGCCAGGCCCGGAAACCGCCUCCGCGCCGUCGAGCUCCAGCGCGUCGUCAAGGAGCUCCGCAAGCGCCGCCGCCACCGCCAGGCUCUCGAGGUCUCCGAAUGGAUGAAUCUUAAGGGCCACGUCAAAUUUCUGCCGAAGGAUCAUGCUGUUCACCUGGAUUUGAUUGGUGAAAUUAAUGGAGUUGGAGCAGCAGAGACCUACUUCAAUAACCUGUCCGACAAAGAUAAGACGGAGAAACCCUAUGGUGCACUUCUUAACUGCUACACGCGAGAACUCCUGGUCCACAAAUCCUUGGCCCAUUUUCAGAAGAUGAAGGAGCUGGGUUUUGUGUUCUCCACACUCCCCUACAACAACCUCAUGGGCCUCUAUACAAACCUAGGGCAGUAUGAGAAGGUCCCUUCGGUGAUGGCAGAAAUGAAAAGCAAUGGGAUUGUUCCCGACAAUUUUAGCUACAGAAUAUGCAUAAAUUCUUAUGGCACAAGAGCAGAUUUUUUUGGAUUGGAGAACACCCUGGAGGAGAUGGAGUGUGAGCCUCAAAUUGUUGUUGACUGGAAUACCUAUGCUGUUGUGGCGAACAACUACAUUAAGGGCAACCUAAGGGAGAAGGCAUACUCUGCCUUACAGAAAGCAGAGGCAAAAAUAGAUAAAAGAGAUUCGGAUGCCUAUAACCACCUGAUUUCCCUAUAUGGACACCUGGGGGACAAAUCAGAGGUCAAGAGGCUGUGGGCGCUCCAAAUGUCGAACUGCAAGAGGCAUAUUAAUAAGGACUACACCACUAUGCUUUCUGUGCUUGUGAAGCUUGAUGAGAUUGCAGAAGCAGAAGCUCUGUUGAAAGAGUGGGAGUCUAGUGGAAAUGCAUUUGACUUCCAUGUUCCAAAUGUCCUGCUUAUUGGAUACCGCCAGAAGGACUUGCUGGACAAGGCUGAAAUGCUGCUCGAUGACUUCUUGAAGAAAGGGAAGAUGCCUCCCUCAACCAGCUGGGCAAUUGUGGCAAUUGGCUAUGCGGAGAAAGGUGGUGCUGCGAAAGCUUAUGAGCUGAUGAAGAAUGCCCUCUGUGUAUACGCCCCCAACAGUGGCUGGAUCCCUAGGCCUUCGAUGGUUGAGAUGAUACUAAAAUAUCUUGGAGAUGAAGCAGAGCUCAAGGAACUCGAAACUUUCAUUGAUCUGCUUAAAGUUGCUGUGCCCAUGAACUCGGAUAUGACCGAGGCUUUGUCAAGAGCUCGUGGGAGAGAAGAAAAGAAGGGUGAAGAGACGACAGAACCUCUAAGCUCAACAAAGGCGUGAGGAUGUUGUUGCCCAAGCUCCUGAUUAUCAAUGAAACGGCUCUUUAAUCCUGCUGCUGUUUAACCCUACAUACUGGAUUAAUACUUAGAUAUUGUCCUUCCUUCAAUAGUUAGUUAUUUUACUAAGAAAGAAUUAUGUUAGUUUUAGGGGUAUCAAACUCUUAGUGUGGUAUCUAUUUAGUGGCAUGUAACAGGACGUAGCGUUUGCCCAGUUCAUGAUUUUGUAGCAUGGUACUAGCAGUUUCUGUCAAAUGUUAUUUUUCUUUCUUUAAACCUCA